UUGGUUUCUAUCUUCUAAAAGUUUCUGCCCUGCUGCUUUGCUUAACAUGGAAAAUCACCAAUACACCAUAGCUUCUUCUUCAUCUGCAACGCCAACCAUGUUCGUUCAGGCAGAUGCAAACACCUUCAGGGACUUGGUCCAGAAGCUCACAGGUUUCACCGGCUCCGACACCGACAAGCUCCCUGGAAGGCUGUCUUCAACAGCUCCACGCCGUCCACCUUUCAAGCUCCAAGAACGUAGGCAACAUGCCAUGAGAAAUCUAGAGAUCAAGCUCGGUACUCUCACAACCUGUCCCACCAACUCAUCACCUACUCAGUCCUGCUCUCCGGGCCAAGUUCCCCGGCUCGACUCUCCGAGUCCCAGUCCAGUGACUCCAUUGUCGUUUGGUACCAUAUCACUGUCGUCUCCGGUGGUUUCAGUUUGGGAGGAGGAAAAGGCAAUUGCAGAGAAGGGAUUUUACUUGCACCCAUCACCAUUAAAUAUGCCUAGAGGAAGCCAACCACCGGAGCUCUUAACACUUUUUCCACUUACUUCACAUAGGCAAGAUAAACGAGAAUAGGGUUAAAACUUAAAACAUUAUUUGUUGGUUAAAACUUAAAACAUAAAAUAUCUGUCAUUGUUGUUUUUGUGUAUCCUUGUUCUUCAAGAUUGA